AUGACCGUCGAAGCUAGUGUCACUGCUCGGCAAGAUCAGAUCGUCCUCACGGACUCUACUCCCAAGCCUCGCAUACGAUUUGCGGAACCGGACAAGAUCUGGCCUGAAUGCUCGGGAUCCACAGAUGAGCUCGAUGCGCCCGAUCUGGAUCGAGUGGACAAAGUUACCAUCUGGCUCGAAUCAUUCGGACAGCAUAGUCGCUUUGAGGAUCCCGAGCUUGCCAAUUCAGCAUGUACACAUUCCGGCUCUGAUUCGCAGUUGUUAGCCUAUAGAAGUACGGGAGACGAGAAGUAUCGGCCACCACCGCCGCUCAAGGGCAUCUUGCGCGACCGUCGAGCGCUUACAUCCCAGGAUCAGCUCUGUCACCUGAUAACGACCCAAAUUGUAGCACCCGCUACUGCAGCGGUCGAUUACUUGAUAAGCCUGAUAUAUUGGUAG